GUGUCCGAAGCCGUCGGACACGGCGACGGAGAACUUGUGUGUGUGAGCGAGAGGGAUACGCUGGCCGUAUGCGCGCCGCAGGGAGAGAAGCCGAGGAGCUGCAUAGACAACCAGUUCUCAGAGUGGGGAGGGACUUUGUGCGAGAGAAACCACGUGGGUCCCCAUCCCCGAGCGGACCCGGGAGGGGCUUUCCGGGCCCGCGACGUCAGCGCAGCAACGACGGCCCCCGCUGCGACGGCAGCAGGCGAGGGAUCCUGCCCGACUCCGCGUCGGCUGCUCUCGGUGACUUGACUUCUUGGCUAGCCACCGGGGAGGCAGGGCUUGCGAUGUCAGGACCUGUCAUUUACUCCAUCAUUUAUAGUGAUGCUACAGGACAGAGAGGAAUGGACAAAAACAUUGGCGAGCAACUCAAUAAAGCUUAUGAAGCCUUUCGACAGGCAUGCAUGGAUAGAGAUUCAGCAGUAAAAGAACUACAGCAAAAGCAGACUGAGAACUAUGAGCAGAGAAUACGUGAGCAACAGGAACAGCUGUCACUUCAACAAACUAUUAUUGACAAGCUAAAAUCACAGUUACUUCUUGUGAAUUCCAGUCGAGAUAACAGUUAUGGCUGUGUUCCCCUGCUUGAAGACAGUGAAGCAAGGAAGAAUAAUUUGACUCUUGAUCAGCCACAUGAUAAAGUAAAAUCACAAAUACCAAAAGAAAAAGAAUCAAAGGUAAGAAGACAAGAGGUUUCUUCUCCAAGAAAAGAAACUUCACCAAGGAGUCUUGGCAUUCCUUUACUCCAUGAAAGAGGUUAUAUAGAGAAGACUUUCCGGGAUCUGAAAGAAGAAUUUCAUAGAAUAUGCAUGCUAGCCAAAGCACAAAAAGACCACUUAAGCAAACUUAAUGUACCAGCCACUGUAACUGAGACACAGUGCUCUGUGCCUAUACAGUGUACGGAUAAAACAGAUAAACAAGAAGUGCUAUUUAAGCCUCAGGCAAAAGAUGAUAUAAAUAGAGGUGCACCAUGCAUCACAUCUGUCGCACCAAGAGGAUUGGGCCAAGAUGAGGAAGACACCUCUUUUGAAUCACUUUCUAAAUUCAAUGUCAAGUUUCCACCUACGGACAGUGACUCUACUUUCUUACAUAGCACUCCAGAAAGACCCAGUGUCCUUGGUCCUGCCUCAUGUGAGGCUAUGUGCCAGGAUAAAUUUAAUAUGGAGCCCAGAGACAACCCGGGAAACUUUGUCAAAACAGAAGAAACUUUAUUUGAAAUUCAGGGAAUUGACCCCAUAGCUUCAGCUAUACAAAACCUUAAAACAACUGACAAAACAAAACCCUCAAAUCUUGUAAAUACUUGUAUCACGACAACUCUGGAUAGAGCUCCGUGUUUGCCACCUGGAGACCAUAAUGCAUUAUAUGUAAAUACAUUCCCACUUCAGGACCCAUCUGAUGCACCUUUUCCUUCACUCAGUUCCCAAGGAAAAGCUAUCCGAGGACCACAGCAGUCUGUGCAUUCAUGUUUCAGUAGAUGGCACCCUGCAUUGUGCAUUUGCUUUCUAUGCUACAGCAAGGGAAACAGCUGGUAUGUGAUUACAACUUGAUGGAAAAGUAGCUUAAAAAAUGCAGGAGAAUUGGUGUUGAGCUGUCACAAGACGUGGGGCAUAAGGUUAGAUAACUGAUAUUUUGGCAGAAAGGCAAAGAAAUUCGUUUGUUUUGAAGGCCAUGUUACAGUUUAGGAUUCAAAGGAUAUUUCUUAAAAUGGGUUUUUAAAAACAUUUUGUUGUUUUAUUUGUUUUAAUAAAGCUACUAUGAGAAAUACAAAAUUCUUGAGUUGUCAGUAAUAACAAAGGGAAGUGAAAUUUUGGUUGCAUAUUUCAAAUUUUUACUUUUAUCUCAAUCAUUACUACUUAACACCUUUUUUUAUACAUUCAGCUAUCAUAAUAAAGUCUAAAAUAUAUCUGCUUAUUUUUGCUCUAUGUGAUUUUCUUUUCUUCCUACUUUUGCUGAGUCAGUGAUUGGUGUCCCAAUUGAAUUCUAUGAAAAGCUCAAAUCCGAACUAAUAGCUGCUAAUAGAGAAGGAUAAGUAUGGACUUUGAAAAUAAAUUGGCAGUAGAAGAUUGGCUCAUCAAAUUUAGAAGCUAAAUUGCUUCUGAGUCUAUUACUAUUUUAUAGAUCUUAAUUUAAAGUAUCUUUAACAUAAUAAUCUUUUUUAUAUAUCCAUAUCAAUUUCCCAUUAGAGUGGUGCAUAUUAAUCAAUUGUACUUUUUGUUUAAACUGCCGACACUAAAAUUUAAAUCUAGUUAACUCUGUUAUAUACUCACAAUUAUUACUGCUUUUCUUUUAUCAUGGAAGAGAGGAAAUUAUUUUACUCCAGAUUUCAAAUAUGUAUUUUAAAUAUUAC